GAGCGCGGCGCACGCCCCGGCCGGCCCCGCGAGCGGGGGAGCGAGGGCGCGAGCAGCCGGGAAGGCGGCGGGCGGCGGGGCCGGCGGGGCGGAGGCUCCGGCGCUUCAAAGCGAGCAAAGUUUGGCGGCUCGGGGGGCGGAGGGGGGGGCCGGACUUUCCUUCCUGGAGGCGGCGCCCAGACGCCAGCCGCGGCCCGGUGCGCAGACCCAAACUUUCGGCUGCCGCCCGCGUCUCGGCCGGGCCUUCCCGAGCCGGGCCGCCCGCGCCCCCGCCGCCCUUGUCCGCGCCGCGGGAGCCGCUCGGGGCGCCGGGCCCCGCCGGCCGCCGCGCCCGCAAGUUGCCGGGAGUUUGGGGCGAAGUUUGCGCGCUCCCCCCCACCGCGGCCCCCGACGCCGAGCCCGGCCCCGCCGGGGGCGCCCCUCGCCGCCCGCGCGCCCGCCCAGCCAUGUCGUCCAUCCUGCCCUUCACCCCGCCGAUCGUGAAGCGCCUGCUGGGCUGGAAGAAGGGCGAGCAGAACGGGCAGGAGGAGAAAUGGUGCGAGAAGGCGGUCAAGAGUUUGGUCAAGAAGCUCAAGAAGACGGGACAGCUGGACGAGCUGGAGAAGGCCAUCACCACGCAGAACGUCAACACCAAGUGCAUCACCAUCCCCAGGUCCCUCGAUGGCCGGCUGCAGGUGUCGCACCGCAAGGGGCUGCCGCAUGUUAUCUACUGCCGCCUGUGGCGCUGGCCGGACCUGCACAGCCACCACGAGCUGCGGGCCGUGGAGCUGUGUGAGUUCGCCUUCAACAUGAAGAAGGACGAGGUGUGCGUGAAUCCGUACCACUACCAGCGGGUGGAGACGCCAGUUCUGCCCCCCGUGCUGGUGCCGCGGCACACGGAGAUCCCGGCCGAGUUCCCGCCGCUGGACGACUACAGCCAUUCCAUCCCCGAGAACACUAACUUCCCCGCCGGCAUCGAGCCCCAGAGCAAUAUUCCAGAAACCCCACCCCCUGGCUACCUGAGUGAAGAUGGUGAGACCAGUGACCACCAGAUGAAUCACAGCAUGGACGCAGGUUCUCCAAACCUGUCUCCGAAUCCGAUGUCCCCGGCGCACAAUAACCUGGACCUCCAGCCGGUCACCUACUGCGAGCCAGCCUUCUGGUGCUCCAUCUCCUACUACGAGCUGAACCAGCGCGUCGGAGAGACCUUCCACGCCUCGCAGCCCUCCAUGACCGUGGACGGCUUCACAGAUCCCUCCAACUCGGAGCGCUUCUGCCUGGGGCUGCUGUCCAAUGUCAACAGGAACGCUGCGGUGGAGCUCACCAGGAGGCACAUCGGGCGAGGCGUGCGGCUGUACUAUAUCGGCGGGGAGGUGUUUGCUGAGUGCCUCAGCGACAGCGCCAUCUUCGUCCAGUCUCCCAACUGCAACCAGCGCUACGGCUGGCACCCGGCCACCGUCUGCAAGAUCCCGCCAGGCUGCAACCUGAAGAUCUUCAACAACCAGGAGUUCGCCGCGCUCCUGGCACAGUCCGUCAACCAGGGCUUCGAGGCCGUGUACCAGCUGACUCGAAUGUGCACCAUCCGCAUGAGCUUCGUCAAAGGCUGGGGCGCCGAGUACAGGAGACAGACCGUGACCAGCACCCCCUGCUGGAUCGAGCUGCACCUGAAUGGGCCUCUGCAGUGGCUGGACAAGGUCCUCACCCAGAUGGGCUCGCCCAGCAUCCGCUGCUCCAGCGUAUCCUAGGGGUGCAGGGGUGAGGGGAGGGCCAGCCUGGGCAAGGGGCCCCGGGAGAGGCCAAGGACCGAACUCAACGCUGUCAUGGAAGAAACUGCCUCCCCUUAACCAGAGCAGCACCAACCUGGUUUCCAAAAGGUUUCCAAGACACAAAAGCCAGCCCGAGCAGUAUCUUACCAGUGGCGUUGUCCUCGCACACAGCUGCCACGUGGCCCUCGUCUGCAGGCCCAGCGACGGUUUCUUGUCCUGGUGGCCGCUGGAGUGGACAGGUAGCCUCUCACCACCCGGCCCCCUGUCACUGGCCGCAACCAUCUGGGAUGUCCCAGCCCAACAGGAAGGAGCCUGGGCCCAGGACUGGAGAGUGGACGUUGCUCGGACAGGGCGUUCCUGUGGGCCCCGGUGCCUGACACCCCCCUUCAGCUGAGCGCAUUCCCACAGCCUGUGGGUGUGCGUGUGGAGAGGUGGUGAAAUCUGUCCUUUGUUCAGAAUUUGCUCCACUGUCUCCUCGCUCGCUCAGGAGCAUUAGGAGGGCCUGCCAGGCUCAGCGCACACGCGUGGCCCGUGCAGAUACCGUGGGCACCAGCCACCACAGGUGGGAGCUGCCGGGCCCACCAGGGUGCUGGCGAUGGUGCCCUGGCGUCGCCCUCACCCGUCCAUGCUCGCUCCGUGCUCCUGAGCUAUACUGGUUUAUCUGGGCAGUCGCAUUAAAUGGACUUCGUCAUAUGCUCUUUUAAACGUUUGUUUUCUAUUUAAAAAAAACAACAACAAAACAAAACCCCCAGCUGGCACAGUGAUGGGAAAGCCGAGGGGACCUGGCACCGUGUACCCGAUGCAAAGCUUUCCUUUCCCGGUGUGGUCGAGAAGGCACUUCCCAGCUGCUUGGGAACGCUGGAAUUCACCAGAAGGGAAAAGGCUCAGGCCACCAUUCGCGAGUGAAGAGGAGCUGUUGUAAAUUCAUUUUCCCAUCUUUGAAAACUGCAGCCUUGGCGCAGAGAGCUCUGUCAUCUUUUACCCUGGGGGUCUGAGCAGAUCUGGCUCGCAGUGGAGACUCCUCGGUGGCAGGGAGUGACAAGACCGUCAUCCAUCAUUUCAACUGGAAACCAAGGGGGCCGGGGGCCUGUGUGCUGGCCCGUGGCAGGGUCCCACAGACAGAAUCGCCACUUGCAACUGGUACCUUAUCUUUGCUGCUGUUUCUGUAUGAAACGACUCCCCGUGUUCUGGCUGGCCUCUGCCGGGAGGCUGCAGGCCAUUCCCCUGGCAGUCCUGCCUUCUUUCUGGGGGACGGAACAGGGGCCUCUGGGCCUGUCUGAACCUCCAGUGCGACGCUGUUCCCGAUGCCGCCUGGACACGAGGGGCUGCCCAGAGCCUCCCGUGCCGGGCCCCGCCACCGCCCACAGUGCCAGACCUGGGCUUGGUCCUCUCACAGGCUGCUGACCCCGGAUGGACACUGUGGUCCUGGCUGCUGACCUCCAGCCAGGCCUGAAGGUGGGUCACGUGGGGCCCCCGAAGCUGCCUCUGUGCAAGAACUCGGAACCCUCCAGUCCAGAACCGAAGGCCACUGCUAAGGCACUUGUUGGCGUUUCUCCCCAGACAGGUCGGCCCUUCUGUCUGGGAGGGCACAGGAGAGCCCCUUUUGGCACCUUUGGCACCGCUGGGAAUGAAUUCGGCUGAGCCAGGGCGGGGGCAGACGCCACCCCUGAGCCCUUUGGGGCCGGCACCUGAGGUGGGAAUGGCCAGAUGAGAAGCAUCACGAGGGUGGCACUAAGGGGCAGCGGCUGUCCAGGCCACCCCGUGCCACCGUGUCACCUUCGCCCUGGAGUCGUGCCAGCCCAGACCCGAGAGGGCCAGCGAGGGGGAGUGGUCCUCGUCCUCCCUGUCAGCUGUGCCCUGCUGGCCUCCCCUGGACGUGGCACUGCGGGCAGGGCUCCUUGGACUCGGUUAUCUUGAGAGACUCCGUAAAAGCGUCGGACUCUGCUGCAGGCACAUCCUCGUGCCGGGCCCUCGUUCCCUUGCGCCUCGCCGGGGCCGCCCAGCCUGGCUGUUUCCCAGGGUGGACGUCACACUGCAGGAGGAGAAGGAUGUGUGAGGCAGGUGUGCCUGGCAUGCAUGUCUGUGGCGAUGGGCUUCUCUCCCGGGCGCCCUGUGUCCCGAGAGGGAGGGGACAUGUGGCAGGAGGCCAGCCUGUCCCCACGUGCCCACUGGCCCCAGGUUGUGCAUUUCCCUUCAUGGGGCGCUAGUGUCCUGGAGCAGGGCACAGCAGGCUGAUGCCAGCGAGAGGCAGGGAGGAAGUCGGGGGCAUACGUGGCAUUUCGGCCGUGUUUCCUACAACCCUGCCCGUCGCUGGAACCCGACUGGGACUCUCGGCAACUCGGCCAUCGAUCCGCCCUUUUCAUGCUGACGCCUCAUGUUUUCGCGUCCGGUGUCCCCGUGUUUCUGUGAUGAUGGCUCUUACUUACCCCUGGGGAACUGUCAACUAUUUAAUUCUUUCGGAUCAAGUUGGAAGUCUCUCCUCGCCAGGGCACAGGCGCCAGGAACAGGGGGAUGCAGUGCUCUGUGGGCCGAGGACAUUCUGGGGUCCUGUCCCCCCCACUGCCGGGGUGCAUGUCUGGUGGUGGGGGGGAAGGGGGCGGGGCUUCCUUCUCCACAACCUGGAGCUCAGACACCUUUGUACAAAGCAUGUAUGUAUUUAUAGCGUUUUAGAUUUUUUUUAACUUUUGUAUCUUAAGAGCACCUGUACGCAUUGUACCCCUGUAGGUGGAGAUCGGUACCCCCCUGUCCCCCUGUAAGUGCCCUUCUAAUAAACUUGCCGUGGUAAAGCUCA